CGAGAGUUCGUACGAAUUCAAACGGUUUUACUGUCACUGGCCGAUUGCUGCAGCUCGGCGUACCGUUGGCGUGUGGAACAGCUGUAUAUAUUUGUAGCGCCUUUUUGUGCUGUAUUGUUUGUGCUAGCUUUUGCCGUUUUCUACAUCGAGAAAAGAACCCGAUAACCGUCGAAAAUGUCCCGCAUAAUGAGAAUUGAUGAGAACCACGUAGCGGGAAACUUGAACGAAGGAGGAAUGAAGAAAGUCGUGAUCGCAACGAGGCGUCCCGUUUUGGGAGAGCUUGGAAACAAAGUGCUACGCAACGCAUCCCAGGACUUGGUGGGCAAAGGUGGCGAAAAGGGAGCUGUCUUGAAGAACGCCAACCCGACGCUGAAGAAUAUCAAGCCUCGCGUAGACACUCGUUGGCGGAAGGUCGACGGUACAACCGCCGUUGUCGUUCCGAAGAAACCCAUCACGCGAUCAGAAUCUAUAAAAUCGACGACUGAACUGAAAGCUGCCAGCAACGGGGAGGCUGUGAAAGUACAUGUGCAAUUGAAUAAAGGCAACGAGAUUAAGCACGUAGCGUUGAAGCGUGAAGACAGCCAGCUGUCCCUGCGGACAUUGGCGAAGCAAAAUCGCAAAGUUCAGCAAAAAAGCGCUCCCAGUAGCAGCGCAUCAUCUUCGGACGAAAAUGAAACCGUCCCGACCACCCAGAAACCUGUACAGAAAACCGAAAGACUAGACACCCAUUCGCAGAAGCUGUUGGAAAGCAUCGAGAACAUCGAUGCGAAUGAUGGCUGGAAUCCGAUGUUGGUGUCGGAAUACGUGAACGAUAUAUACAAGUAUUUGAACCAACUGGAGAGCAGGACCGGCUAUGCCUUGCGCGAGAACUUCCUUGAGGGUCAUAAGGAAAUCUCACACAAGAUGCGUACGAUUCUGAUCGAUUGGAUCAACGAAGUUCAUCAUCAGUUCAAGUUGGACAUCGACACUUACCACAUGACGGUGUCCCUUAUUGAUCGUUACUUACAGAAGGUGAAAACAGUUCCGAAGAAGAAGUUACAGCUGGUGGGCGUGACGGCGAUGUUUAUUGCAUCCAAAUACGAGGAACUGUUUCCACCAGAGAUUCACGACUUCGUGUUUAUCACCGACGAUACGUACCAAAAGUAUCAAAUUCUGGAAAUGGAGAAGGAGAUCGUGAACGCGUUGGAUUUCAAUCUGGGCAAACCCCUUCCAACGCACUUCCUGCGCCGGUUUUCCAAGGCGGCCAAGGCGUCGGAUGUGAAUCACGUUCUGGCAAAGUAUCUAAUAGAGCUUGCCAGCGUUGAUUACAGCACCGCGCAUUACAAACCAUCUGAGAUUGCGGCCGCAGCACUGUACAUAUCGUUGUAUCUGUUUCCAUUAACAACUAUGGAUGAAGGAAGUGGGUCGAAUGGAAUAAUCUGGACUAAAACGCUGGAACACUACACACAUUACAGCGUUAAGAGCUUGUCGCCGAUCGUACAGCGGUUAGCAAACGUGAUCAAGUCCGUUCCCAAAAUGAUGGAAAAGAAGCUGAAGUCACCCUGGCUGAAGUAUUCUUCGUCAAAGUUCCAAAACAUCUCUACUCAUUCUAAGCUGAAAGCAGUAGAUAUCGAUAUGUUGGCGGAGGGUAAGCUAGUUUUAUGAGCUGCUUUUUAUUAGAAUAAUUUUGUGUUUUGUGUUUUUUAACUAUGUCUUUUUUAAAUUGUGUUUUAAACGAUCUAUUAAAUGAGCUCCAAUGAAUGAGUAAUCAUUAUUUUGAUUAUGAUACAAUUAUAAUUCUAAUGCGGCUGGCAAAUUGUGAGUUUGAUGUACUGAUCGACUGAUGUGGAGGCGCAAAUAUUGUACAAUAGUGUUCAAAAUAAAAUUGACUGAAUAGAAAUUAGCGAACACAAAUAGUUCGUUUAUA